AUGUCGAAACCGGAGAAGAAGCUGGCCGAGUACAUGAUGAAGCGGAAGGCAUUGAUGGUGGUUCAUGAAUCCGUGGAAGGCUUUAUCAAAAUGUACAACGAUGAGCAGGACGUCUACCAGAUUUCGAUCCGCCUUGAGUCUUUGGACCGUGUCUACAUGGAGUUCCAAGAGAUCCAGGCGGAAAUUGAGAAGUUUGAUUCUCCCGAGAUGUUCGACGAGCAUUUGCAAGAGCGAGCUGCAUUCGAGACGAGAUUCUGCAAGGCCAAAGGAUUCCUCUUGAUGAAGCGGUCAACCGAUCCAAGUCAAGCAGCGUUGAACUCAUCGAUGAUAGCUAACCAACAGCACGUUUCGUCAGGAUUUCAUCUCCGGUUACCCAAGAUCGACCUGCCAAGAUUCGACGGUGAUUUUUCUCGAUGGCUUUCCUUCCGCGACACGUUUACCUCGAUGGUGCAUUCCAAUGCGGAUAUUCCUACCGUAGCGAAGUUACAAUACCUCCUACAAUCUCUCGAGGGAGAAGCUCAUAAGCCAUUCGAGACAGUCGACAUAGAAGCGGACAACUAUGCAUCGACAUGGGACGCUCUGCUGAAACGCUACGACAACAAGCGGUUCCUGAAGCGUCAGCUGUUCCGAGCCUUGUACGAUCUUGCACCACUCAAGAGGGAGUCGCCGAAAGAACUGCACGAUCUUGUUGACGAUUACCAAAGAUAUGUGAGGGCACUUUCGAAACUGGAUGAACCAGUUAUUCACUGGGAUACCCCGUUGAUCAACCUACUGAGUUACAAGUUGGAUCCAACGACCCUCCGGGCCUGGGAGGAGAAGACAAGCGGCUUGGAGAAUGUAUCCUACCCAGAGUUGGUCGAUUUCCUGUAUCAACGGGUCCGAAUGUUAAAAUCCGUAGUAUCCGAUCUGCAGAUCCGCUCCAAUCAGCCCGGCCAAGUCAAGGUGGCCGGUUUCACACAGGUUCCGAAGAAGUUCGUCAAAAUGGUAUCCAAUUCCGCCACAACCGAAUCCAAAUCCUACGCUCCGAGCUGUAUAGCUUGUCCAGAAAGUCACUUCCUGUUCCAAUGUCCAGCAUUCUCGAAGAUGUCCGUUCGCCAGCGCCGUGAGCUGGUAUCCCAGAAGCGUUUAUGCUGGAAUUGCUUCCGCACUGGACACCAAGGCAGAAAUUGUACAUCCAAGUACGACUGCCGAAGCUGCCAUCAAAAACACCACACUCUCCUGCACCAGAAUCCAACCGCUCAAUUUUCGUCCACUCCUGUUGCUGUACCUGGUCAACCGUCCCAGCAACCGAAUCCAGCCAUGUCGAACAUCGACGUAGUCCCCGGAUCAGCGAAUCCGAACUCCCAAGUCAGUAUGUCGGUACAUUCGUACCAAUCCACCGUCCUGCUAGAAACGGUUACUCUUCUUGUUGUAGACCAGAACGGCAUGGAGCACUCCGCUCGUGCACUACUCGAUUCAGGAUCGAUGUGUAGCUUCAUUACGAAAAAAUUGGCCAAUACACUCAACCUCCGCCGUGCGAAGGCAGAUCUUGCCGUGUUUGGAAUCGGCGAAUCCUCCAAGCAGAUCAAGCGCAAAUUGACUGCUACCAUCAAGUCCAGGCUGUCUUCGUACAGUACCACGCUCGAGUUCCUGAUCCUGAAAAGGCCUACCGUCUGUUUGCCAACCACUCCGGUAGAUACGUCCACGUGGAAAUUUCCAGAAGUUCCAUUAGCCGAUCCAAAAUUCCACGUUCCCGCUGACAUUGAUCUGGUUGUUGGAGGAGAAAUCUGUCACGAGCUGCACACCGGCAGCAAAAUAUCCCUUGGCGAAGGCGAGCCUGUCUUCGUCGAGACCGUCUUCGGAUGGACUGUUUCCGGGAAAGUACCCAUCCAUGUACCCGGAAUCCAAAAGAUCUGCCAUCUUACCACGGUGGACCGCAACCUGGAACAAGCCCUACAAAAGUUCUGGGAUCUCGAGGUUGUUGAACAGUGUUCCAAGUUCACCGCUGAAGAAAAUCUCUGUGAAGAAUUGUUUUCCACUACCACCACUCGCGAUCUGUUCGUCACUCUCGGUGAAUCUCGAUCAAUCGCCGAACGCCGUUUCCUGAGCCUUGAAAGACGACUUGAGCGAGAUCCAGCCACCAAGGAGACCUACUGUCGCUUCAUGGAAGAUUACGAACGCCUAAGCCACAUGGUGAGACUCGUAGAUCCAGUAGACGAAGCCCAGCCGCACUGCUACCUUCCGCACCAUCCGGUGUUCAAAGAAUCCAGCACCACCACUAAGAUUCGAGUUGUCUUUGAUGCUUCAUGCAAGACAUCAUCUGGGUUCUCUGUGAACGACCUGCAGUUGGUUGGACCCGUUGUUCAGGAAGAUCUGUAG